AUGCAGCAAGUGCGUUCAAAUCGAGAACCAGUACAUGAAACAGCUGCUCGUGGAGGAGGAGGAGAAGGAGGCUCUCCUAUUGCUGCUCGCACUGAAAUAGCGUCAUUACUUAAUGACUAUACUGGCCCACAACGACAUUAUCAUGAUCGUCUUGAAUCUCUUGAACGUGAAAUGGCUUCACUAAAAGGUCAAGUCAAUCAAGCUUUUUUAACUCCAUCAAAUGAAUCUGAACUCAAUCGUUCCUAUCCAAGUAGGAAAGCACCAAUUUCACAACCGACAUCAGCUCGAGUUACAAGCCCUCCUCGUAUUCCAUUGCCACUUAACGCUCGAAAAACAUCAAAUGAUGAAAUGCAGAUAAUUUCUACGCAUGAUGGACCUUUUUCACGUCCACUACCUCAAGUACCUGUUAAUCGUAGUAAAAGUUUUAAUAACGGUGUAUUACAAUCACCAUCAUCACAAUCAGCAAAUAGCUCGGAUGAAGCUAAUCUUCUUCGAUCUUAUAGAGUACAUCUUGAACAAGUACUUCGCAAAGAUGCACCACCAUUCGCGGAUAUUAAAAUACCAAAUUAUACAUCUAUAGAAGAUGUUUUGAAGGCAAAUGAGCAACUAUUACUUGAAAAUGAUCGUCUUCGAUCUGAAUUGAAUCGAUUAAAAACAGAAAGUAUUUUAUUACUUCGAUCUAUGAGAGCAACCACUGGAUUGGAACCAAAUUUAGGCAAUGAACGGAUUAUUGCGGAACGUGAACGUCAAGAAUUAGCUAUUGAAUUAUCGCGUCAAGUAGAAGAAAAUAAACGUCUUCGUCGAUCAUUAUUGGCUCAAUCAGCAAAAUUUUUAACAUUACGUCAAUCAACAAAUGCUACUGAUGCUCCUUUAUCAACAUCCAAUGAUCAUCGUCUUACUCCGGAAUCUGCACCACAGCCAACACUUAAUAUUAAUAAAACUCAACAACAAUCAAAAUCAGCUCGUUUUAUCGUAGGUAAUCGAGGUACUGCUCGACCUCGAACAUUCAAUCAUGGCUCACACGAUCCAUUGUAA